AUGUCCUUCAGAACACGAACUUCCUCAGUUAACUCUAUAAACAUCUGUGGAAAGUAUUUUUUGUCUCUUUCUUCCUUACAGAUCUGUUGCUCCUGUGGUCCUGCUCCAUGCUCGCUAUGCUGCUCCUUCUGUCCACCCAUCAAGUCCUCCACAAGCACGCGCUUGAUGUACACUCUAUUCCACAUCCUGGCCUGCACUGUGUCUUGCCUCAUGCUGUCUCGCACUGUCUCCGAGGCCGUGAGAGAGAAUGUGCCUUUCUUUCAUGUGGUUUGUGAUGAGGCCCAUGGUGGAGGAAACUGUGAGAUGUUGGUCGGAUACUCUGCAGUCUACAGGGUCUGCUUCGGCACAGCCUGCUUCUAUCUCAUGAUGGCCCUUCUUCUUGUGGAUGUGAAGUCCAGCCAGGAUUUCAGAGCGCUCAUCCACAACGGAUUCUGGUUCUUGAAGUUUAUUUUGCUGCUUGGGAUGGUCGCAGCUGCCUUCUUCAUCCCCACUGAUUCUUUCCUGCAAGCCUGGCACUAUGUCGGAGUGGUGGGAGGUUUUUCCUUCAUCCUCAUUCAGCUUAUCCUCAUCACUGCUUUUGCUCACACUUGGAAUAAGAACUGGUUAACUGGUGCAGCUGAAGAUAAGAAGUGGUAUGUGGCGGUCAUGUGUGCCACCUUCUUUUUCUAUACCGUCGCCACUGCGGCCUUUACCUUCAUGUACAAGUACUACACACACCCGGCUGCGUGCCGUCUCAACAAAGCACUGCUGUUUACCAACCUGGGCCUGUGCACAGUCAUGUCCUUCAUCGCCGUCACCCCCUGUGUCCAGCAAAAACAGCCACGCUCAGGACUGUUGCAGGCCUCCAUCAUCAGCUGCUACGUCAUGUACCUGACCUUUUCCGCCCUGUCCAGCCGUCCACCUGAGAAAGUGGAAUACCAGGGUGUCAACGUGACAGCUUGCUACCCUAACGUGGGCAGGGACGAGAUUCAAAACGAAGGAAAUGUUGUAGCUGUCAUCGGCGCUGCCAUUAUGUACUGCUGUGUGCUCUUCGCAUGUAAUGAGGCUUCUUACUUGGCUGAAGUUUUUGGACCAUUCUGGAUGAUUAAAGUUUAUCGAUACGAGUUCCAGAAAGCCACAUGUUGUUUCUGCUGCCCUGAACAAGAGGAGGCAAAGGAAGAGUUUGUAAUUGACGACGAAAGCAAAGGGUGCCAGAAGGUGAUCCAUAACGAGAGUCACCGUGUGGCCUACAGCUACUUCUUCUUCCAUUUUGUCUUCUUCCUAGCCUCCCUGUACGUCAUGAUGACCCUUACCAAUUGGUUCAGCUAUGAGACAGCAGUGUUGGAGACCACUUUCACCCAUGGCAGCUACUCGACCUUCUAUGUGAAGCUCUCCUCAUGCUGGGCCUGUGUUCUGCUCUACCUGUGGCUCCUCUUGGGCCCACUGUGCCGCUGCCGUUCCGAUCCAAAACAGCCACAACGCUCACGGAUCAAAAGACGAAUGGCUUCCCAGUGCCACGUGAGUGUCAGCGUGUGA